CAGUGUAUCCUAUUACGGAACCGCUGGAAGAAGACGCUGUUUCUCAGUUAGGUUUCCCAGUCUUUUCCUACAUAAAGCGAAAACUGUCGAAAGUCUUAAUCAUAAUCACGGUAACUCCCACCUUACGCUCACUCCAUCGAUCCAGCCACAUUGCUGAGUUGGGAAGCGAGGACACCAACAGUGAACGACGCUCAGUAUUACAAGUAAUGAAUGACGUCAACCAUAAGAAAGCAAAAUAAAUCUAUUUCUGUUUGCGAGUGGUAUAUGUACGACAGUGUACAGUGUACAGUGAUACGGAAGAAGAAGCAACUGGAAAGAAGAUGGAGUUCAUUUCGAAUGAGCUAGAUGACAAUGCUGAAAAAGGAGAUAAAAGUGAAGAAGGCAGCAAAAUAAAAGUCAACGCUGAAGCAUCGUCAACUGAACUUGUGAACUUCAAGCUUAAAGAACGAUUUGAGUCAACAGUAAAAAGUGAAGCAUUCUUAGGUGCUUGUGCAAAAAUGGAACGAUUAUUAGCAAGUAAUGCUUAUCAAGGCCAGCAGAAGACAUUCAGGGGACUAAUGCAGCCCGAUCCAUUUCUUUUGAUUGUGGAAUUCAAGUACCGUAUGGAACUGUUGUGGUCUUUCACCAGUGACCAUGUGCGUGGAAGGACUGUUACAGGUAUGUGUUGGAAUUCGUUAGACACAGAUUUGUUGGCUGUGGGAUAUGGAAAAUAUUUUUAUCAGGACCGUAAAAAUGGCCUAGUGUGCUGCUGGACUAUAAAAAAUCCAGUUCAACCUGAAAGAAAAUAUAAUUUCGACAGUCCGGUAACAUCAGUUAACUUUUCCACGGAGCGUCCAAACCUUCUGGCUUGCGGCUUUUAUAAUGGCUCUGUCAUUAUCCUUGAUAUUUCUUCUAGAAGUAAAAACGUUAUUGCUUCAAGCAGUCGUGACACUUCUCCGUCUUACGAGCCAGUAUUGCAAAUAUUUUGGUUUCGGGAGGACGAUUAUCACCAGAAUGAGCAACUUAUGACUUGCUGUCAAGAUGGCCGCAUCUGCAAAUAUCGCAGAGACAUAACUCUUCAUUGUUUUCCUAUUAUGAGGGUAACUCGCAUGGACGAAAAGGUGAAAGGUAUUGAUCAGUAUCGGAGGAGCAGAACUGAUCAGGUUAUUCCCGUUUCCCGCCAUCCGGCUGCUUUAGUUCUUGUACGUCAUCCAGUGGAUACACUCACGUAUUUUGUCGGCACGGACGACGGCUGCGUUCAUAAAUGUUCUAUCAAUUAUUUACACAAUCAUAUGGACAUAUUCGUAGCGCAUAAUGGUCCAGUGUACUCAAUGCAAUUUUCACCUUUCUGUUCAAAAAUAUUUCUUACUUGUGGAGCCGAUUGGUGCGUCAGAAUUUGGACCGAAGAUAUUGGACAACCCCUUUUGACACUUAACACGACGAUGGAAGCGGUGAGAGGUGCGGCUUGGAGUCCCAUAAACGCAACUAUAAUUGCUGGCAUUAGUGGCAGUGACAUCCAUUUCUGGGACAUCAGACGCACGGUGUUUGUGCCUGCUUCCACAACAACUUCACCAACUGACGAAGGAAACAUGAUGAUUCAGUUUACAUCAUCCGGGCUGAACCUGGUGGUUGGCGAUGGUGAUGGAGCUGUUCACGUAUAUGGGUUAAAAGACAUGCCUUUUUCUCCUUUCUACCAAGAAAUCGCCCUCGUCCAGGCGAUAAAGAAGGCUCUUGUAACUCGUCCUGAUUUAUUGGAGAUGCUAAAGAAAAUUGGGAAACCGUUUUACUGAGAACUAUUUUAUUAAAUUUCGUUUUACCUGCCUGUUCUAACUGUGUCGGUUGAAGUAGUGGCCACUGUGUAAGUGGCAUACACGAACAUGGAUUUUAUUUAAGCAUAGUUUAUAUAUUGUUUGUUUUGCAAUCGUUCCAUGUAAAAAUCUAAGGGACUGUAUGGUACGUCAUUUGACACUGACUAAAUUUAUUUGUGGACAUCAUCAUUUAAUUAUAAUUCUUGUUGUAAAACCUCUUCUUUGAACAAUAUAUUGGGUCCGACUUGG